AAUUUCGGCUGUCCGGGAAUGGAAUGCGGAACCAUCUAUUAUUCGCGACUACUUCGGGGAAUACUGCCCUUUUCGUUGUACAGAAGAAAAAUGGCAUUGACGAGUUUUAGGCACCCCAGAACUAAAAUAGCCUACAGAAAUGAGACUACGUAAUUAGCAGGCAUUAGAGGGGCCUGGGUACUUCGAUACAUGACUCUCGACUCUCAGACUCUGUGGGAUUCCGUCAAAAACGGCGUCUCAAACCGCUCUUUUCGGCGGCAAUUUCGCAGGUCCUCAGAUUCUAGCUGUAAUAUCGCUGAAAGCUUUCCUCAUAUCCUACCUUGCUUUUCUCAACCGACUUCCAAUAUGACAUCGAUACGCUCCUCUGUCUUGCAUGGUGUGAAGGACUUGAGGAUUGAGACGCAUCAGCUACCUCCUCCCGAACCAAAUGACCUGCAAAUCUCCGUUCGAACAACUGGGCUAUGUGGGUCGGACCUCCAUUACUACCAUCAUUUUCGGAAUGGAGAUAUCCUCGUCCGCGAGCCCCUCUCAUUGGGUCAUGAGUCUGCUGGUAUUGUCGAGGCAGUCGGCAGCGAUGUCGAUGGCUUCGAGGUCGGAGAUCAGGUGGCGCUUGAAGUCGGGAUGCCAUGUGAGACGUGUGCCCGGUGCCAGGAGGGGAGAUAUAACAUCUGUGAAGCGAUGAGGUUCCGUAGCAGCGCGCGGGUGUUUCCGCACGCGCAAGGCACCUUACAGGAACGAAUCAAUCAUCCGGCGCGGUGGUGUCACAAGCUUCCACACGAUGUCUCCCUAGAGCAUGCGGCAUUGCUUGAACCUCUCAGCGUCGCGGUUCAUGCCUCGAAAAGGGCCAAGUUGAAAGGAGGAGAAAAGGCUCUGGUGCUAGGAGCGGGAACCGUCGGCUUGCUGGUAGCUACGAUGGCCAUUAUUCGUGGAGCCGAGUCCGUUGUGAUUGCAGACAUCGAUGCGGGUCGAGUGUCGUUCGCUACGAAUAAUGGAUUUGCUCACGCCGGGUUCCCCAUACCCCUUCGGCGGCCAAAUUCAAAUGAGGAGAGCCUUGUUCUUGCCCAGGAAACAGCGGAAAGCAUCAAAAGCAAAAUCCUGGCCUCAGGGUCCGAGCUAGGCGCCCCGGAUAUUGUGUUUGAAUGCACUGGAGUUCCAUCUUGUCUUCAGACUGCUAUCUUUGCGACACGACCAGGCGGGAAAGUCAUGUUGAUAGGAAUGGGGAAUCCAGUCCAGACCCUCCCGAUCUCCGCCGCCGCGCUUCGUGAAAUCGAUCUCGUGGGCGUUUUCCGAUAUGCGGAUACAUAUCCAGAGGGCAUCACCUUGGUCCAACAAACGAUCUCCAACCCGAAUCUCCCCGAUAUUUCCAAGUUGAUCACGCACCGGUUCGAAGGCCUCGACAGUAUCAAGGACGCAUUCGAGAUGGCUGCGAGAAGUCAGGAUGACAGCCAGAAGAUGGUUCUAAAAGUCAUGAUGACUAUGGGUGAAGCACCGCAUCACGACCUGUCUGGUUCAAACAAGAGGUCAUAAAGGGUGCCAUCUGUUAGCUGGCUCUGGCUCCUGAAAUUCAACCCGUUAACAAAAAGCAAGGUUAGCUUUUUUUUCGCCAAUCCGAAAUACCUCCCGA